AUAUUUUAGUUUUUAACAAACCCCCCAGACACUCCCGUAAUUUUAACCCAACAUCAAGCCCAUUUAUUUAGAAACCCAAGAUUUAUAUAUAAUAUUCAUUCCAUAUUCUUAAAAAAAUUAAAGUUACACUGCGCAACAGCACUUGUACCCAUUAGCAGAAAGUUCUAUUGGAUUUGUUUAAAUCACAAACCCAGAUUCUCAUAUCUUUCUUCAAAUCAGAAAAGUUCUUUUUUUAAAAAAAAAAUUUGGGUGGGAAUCUUAUAUUUGAUUUUAGAACUCAUUAUAGAUAUGAAGUUGAUGUAACUUAGGACAGAAAAAAAAAAAAAAAAUGCUGUGUAUAUCUAAAAUGUUAUUGUAGUAUAGUAGUAAGAUUGGAAGAAAGAUGUUGUGUAGAAAAGGGUCGAGGAAUAUUGAUGCAGGAACGGUUCCGGUGCACCUUAAUGUGUACGAUCUGACACCAAUUAAUGGCUAUGCUUAUUGGUUUGGACUUGGAGUUUACCACUCAGGUGUACAAGUUCAUGACAUUGAGUAUGCAUUUGGAGCUCAUGAAUAUCCAACAACUGGCAUAUUUGAGGGAGAACCAAAACAAUGUGAUGGAUUUACAUUUAGGAAGACAAUUUUCAUUGGAAAAACGGAUCUGGGACCAGAUGAGGUGAGGGCUGUAAUGGAGGAGCUGGCAGGGGAGUAUAGAGGGAAUGCAUAUAAUUUGAUUACCAAAAACUGCAACCAUUUUUGCAAUGAUGCUUGUAUUAGACUCACCGGAAAUCCAAUCCCAAGUUGGAUUAAUCGGCUUGCUAGAAUCGGAUUUCUUUGCAAUUGUGUUGUACCAGCGACUUUAAAUUCAACUAAAGUUCGGCAUCAUAGAAUCGAAGAGAAGCCAAGUGAAGAAGAAAAGAAGAAAAUCACAAGUGACUCAAACAGAUUCACUUCUUCUAAUUCUUCUUCGUCGUCAUCAUCGUCUCCUUCUAACACUGGAAUACGCAGGGGUAGAAGCAGAAGCAGACGUGCUCUUCCUCCUUCUUCGCCUUUGAUUGUCAACUCUUCAUCUUGAUGGAAUUGGAAAGAUUAAAAAAAAUUUAUAUUAAAAAAAAAAAAAAAAAUCCUCAACUUAAGGGGGCAAAGUCUUAAAUUCAAAUUUUUUGUUCAUUCUUUUCAAGGUGUCUUAUAAUGCUAACAUCUUCUUCAGAAAACUUGGAGGCACGUAGCAACACAUGUAUGGUUUUUUUUUUUUAAAUUUAAAUUUUGGGGCAAGUAAUGAAGGUCUAUUGCAACAUUAUCA